AGGCCGCACUUUGGACCGCAAUAGGUCUCAGAACUUAAGUCUAACAAAUCGAUAGGACUGGAGCUUCUAACUUCAGUGCCACUUUAGCUUUGAACCGCACUGCAAUACCUACUCUGUUCUCUCACAAGAUAUCAUGGAUGUUUAAUUAAAGAAAACAUAUAACAUUAUAAAAGUGGAUAAACAGAAUAAAAAGACCCAAAGAAGGAAAGAACACUAAAAACAACACUUUAGAAGAUUAAACUCUAAAAAUCUGUCAAAUUGGAAAAUAUUUUUGAAAAAUCUUAUAUCCAAAAUAAUUUGAAUAACAAGUAGGAUUCAAGAUUCUGGAAGUUAUUACUAUUUAAAAAAAUACAUGUUUGUCAGUUAUUUAAUAUUUGAAGAAAUACAUAAAGCUAAUAACAAAAAGAAGCUAUCAUAUGGUCCAAUGGACUGUAUCUAAUUACAAACGAUAUCAGCGAAGUGGUUGGUGAAGGGGUUAAGGGACUAGAGGGCGACUGAUAUAAUUAUUUACUGUUUAUAGUAACAUUACUAUUAAAAAAUUUAAGCAAAUAAUUUGUGUAACAAGUCGGUAUAAUGUCUACAGAGCCAGGUAGCUUUUCCUCCAAUGGAAGCAUGAUCGUCGUCAGCAACCGAUUACCUUUUGUUUUAAAGAGAAAUGAAUCAACAGGAAAGUUGGAACGCAAGGCCAGUGCUGGAGGUCUCGUAACAGCAGUAGCGCCUGUGGUUAUCAAUGGAAACGGUGUAUGGGUAGGAUGGCCUGGAAUGCACAUGGAAGAUCCUAAUGAACCAAUUCCAGAAUCUGAUCCAAAUGAUAGAACACCGACUGCUGGUCUUCUUUCUCGAAAAGUUGUAGCUGUACAUGUUGAAUCUGGAGUUUUUGACUCUUAUUAUAAUGGCUGUUGCAACGGAACUUUUUGGCCCUUAUUUCAUUCUAUGCCAGAUAGAGCAACAUUUAUCGCAGAUCAUUGGCGUGCUUAUAGCAGAGUCAAUGAAGAAUUUGCUGCAAAAACCGUCCAAGCAUUGGAACUUAUACACAAAGAACAAGAAGGAAAAGGCAAUGGAACACCUCUUGUUUGGGUGCACGAUUAUCAUCUCAUGCUCGCAGCCAAUUGGAUACGACAAGCAGCUGAUGAAAAAAAAUUGAAACUGAAAUUAGGAUUCUUCUUACAUAUUCCAUUCCCCCCUUGGGAUAUAUUUCGAUUGUUCCCUUGGGCCGAUGAAAUACUUCAAGGCAUGCUAGGUUGUGACAUGGUUGGAUUUCACAUUCAAGACUACUGUUUAAAUUUUGUUGAUUGCUGUCAAAGAAGUUUGGGUGGCAGAGUGGAUCGUAAAAAUCUCCUUGUUGAACAUGGAGGUCGUACUGUACGAGUUCGACCUCUUCCUAUUGGAAUUCCAUUUGACAGAUUUGUAUCGUUAGCUGAAACUGCACCCAAAGUUAUGCUUACAAAUCAAAAAGUUGUCCUAGGAGUGGAUCGUCUAGACUAUACUAAAGGUCUCGUUAAUAGGUUAAAGGCGUUUGAAAUGUUGUUGGAAAAACAUCCCGAGCACAGAGAAGAGGUGACAAUGUUGCAAAUAGCUGUGCCAUCACGAACAGAUGUUCGUGAAUAUCAGGAUUUAAAGCUGGAAAUGGAUCAAUUAAUUGGCUGCAUAAAUGGUCGCUUCACAACUCCAAAUUGGUCACCAAUCCGCUAUAUUUACGGCUGUGUUAGUCAGGAUGAAUUGGCUGCCUUUUAUCGGGACGCAGCCGUGGCUUUGGUCACUCCUUUGAGAGAUGGAAUGAACUUGGUCGCCAAAGAGUUUGUUGCCUGCCAAAUAAAUAAGCCACCUGGAGUUUUAAUUGUUUCGCCAUUUGCUGGAGCUGGAGAAAUGAUGCACGAAGCUUUGAUUUGUAAUCCAUAUGAAAUUGAUGAAGCAGCCGAAGUGAUUCACAGAGCUUUGACGAUGCCUGAAGACGAGAGAACUUUGCGAAUGAAUCACCUUCGUCGUAGAGAAAGAAUUUAUGAUGUGAAUCACUGGAUGAAGUCUUUUCUUCAGGUAAUGGGUUCACUUGAAGAGAGAGAUUCGGUUGGUGCUACCACGAUGCAGCCAGUAACAAUGGAUGAUUUUGAUGAUUAUUUGAGCAAGUACAUUGGCGACGAUCACAAAUUAGCUCUUCUCUUGGACUACGAUGGUACUCUUGCUCCGAUCGCAACGCACCCAGACUUGGCGAUUCUUCCCUUGGAAACAAAAAACGUCUUACAAAGACUGUCAAACAUGCCCGACGUUUAUAUUGCAAUCAUAUCGGGCAGAAAUGUGAAUAAUGUCAAAACUAUGGUUGGAAUUGAUGGAAUAACAUACGCUGGCAAUCACGGACUAGAAAUUUUACAUCCUGACGGAAGCAAAUUUGUUCAUCCCAUGCCUGCAGAAUAUGAGGGCAAGGUCGCUGGAUUAAUGCAAGCUCUCCAAGACCAGUUGUGCAAGGAUGGUGCUUGGGUAGAGAAUAAAGGAGCUUUGUUAACUUUCCACUAUCGGGAGACUCCAAUGGAAGGUCGGUUGGAAAUGAUUGAGAGUGUCAAAAAGCUGAUUGAAAACGUCGGGUUUAAGGCUUGUUCUGCACACUGUGCAAUCGAAGCUAAACCUCCUGUUGAAUGGAAUAAAGGCCGGGCCUCUAUUUAUAUUCUCAGAACUGCCUUUGGACUCGACUGGAGUGAAAGAAUCCGAAUUAUUUAUGCAGGAGAUGACGUUACCGAUGAAGACGCCAUGCGAGCAUUGAAAGGUAUGGCAGCGACAUUCCGCGUUGCUUCCUCCCAUAUAAUUCGUACAUCAGCUGAGCGCCGUUUGCCUAGUACAGAUUCUGUCUUGACGAUGCUGAAAUGGGUCGAGAGGCAUCUUAGUAGACGUAAGCCACGAGAAAAUAAUGAAUCAUGUAGAUUUCGUCGCAGCAGUCCAAGUACAGGAAUUACGAUGGAGAUGUGUUUCACUGAAAAGCCAAAGUCGUAGAAAAUAUAUUCCAGCAAAGAAACAUAUUUUAAUUUUUGUUCCAAAUAUUAAGAUACAAUAAUACAAUAUUACUAAAAUCAUUACUUUAGUGUAGGUAAUAACUCCGUGUUACAGUUGUACAAUAGUUUGAAAACCAAUGAAAUGACCUCAUGAUGUAGUGUAAAAAAAUAAUUCUUCUCUUUGUUAUCUUCUUCUUUCAUACAACAAAUGUAGGUAUUUAUAUAUUUAUAAAUUUCUCAAUUUUAAAAGACUAAAAUACUUUUUAUACUUGUACUUUAUACUUGUAAAACAAAAUCUAAUGACACCAGGUUACGAAAAAUUGCGUUCCAAAUUUUUGCAAUUGUAACUUGUAAUUUUUUAAAUAAAUAUUAACUAUUUAUCAUUUUUUGAGGUAAAAAUUAAAAAUAAGACAUUCGUGCAUACAAUAUAUUUCAAGUAUUACACAAUUUUGUAAUAUUUUUCUAAAAAGGUUACAUUGGGACUCACGGAAUCUUUCACGGCAGCCUUCAUGUAAUAUUCAUGAAAGUAACAAAAUAUUCUACUGUCACGCAGUAGUAUUUUUCAAUCUUCUUUUCAAAUUGAGUCUUAUAAAUAAUAGAAUGUUUAAACGCAAACUAUAUUGCACAAAAUAAAAGUUUUAAGCAUUUGUCUCAAACUUUAUAUGCGAGUAAUUACAUUUCCUGCACUAGGUAUGUGAUGGACUUUUAAAUACUCAAUCAUAUCAAAUUUUGAUAUAAUAACUAUAUAGGAUUUCGCUUAUAGAAUUGAAAAAUUAAAAUAAGAGCGGCGACGAUUGUACUCUAAUUAUAGUGAUUUUAGAUUGUUUUAAUUAUUUGAUUAAUUUAUUCAUUAAACAUUUUUAUGUUUAAAAUGUAAAACGUUAAUAAUGUACAGAUAGAUAAAUACUUUAGGUUGACAAAAAUCAGUUAUUAAAUUUUACAAAAGUAUAUGAUAUGAUUUUAGAAAACAGUUUUAAUAAAUUAAAUUUCCAUGUAAGAAUAAAUAUUAAACUUUGAUAAUAGAAUGUGAGGCUUAGUGUGCUUUUUUAAACUCAAAUUUUGUAGUAAUUUUCAUAACAAAAAUUUCUACCACACAUACGCGAAAACAUCACGUUUUUGUGCCCCUGAAGCGAGACAGCUAGAACUUGAAGUUUUCUUGUUAGUAACACGUCAGAACGAAAUAUACUAACCUGAAAACUUGGCACAUAAACAGGGUCUUCCCUUCCUUGAUACAUAAUAUACUAUUUUAAAUGGUUGACAUUUUUUCUCUGGAGUUUAUAAAAUACUUUGAAAUGUCUUAAUAAACUUUUUUUUUAAUAUGUUGAAACACUGAACAAAAAUUUAUUUUUUUUCAAAUACAUUUUUUCAGUGUACAUUCAGAUAUACGCACAAUCAUCAUUAUAAGUUGAAUUAAUAAUACAGUUAACAAUAAAAAUACUUUAAAACGCAUCAAUUAAUUUUUGUAAACAAUUUAUAUACGGUUUGUAAAAAUAAACUUUCAGAAAUUAGAUUAAAAUUUUAAUAAAUUUCAUACCAGCUUCUUUUAGCCUUCAACAUUAUACAGUAAGAACGAUUGACUAUGAAUCAGCUCAGGCUCAUGAGUGCGACUCACACUUACCUAUGAUCAGUAGUUAACCAUUUUUACGGUAUACAUAUAUAUGUAUUCCACGCCAAAUUAGAAGUCCAUCUGCAAUUGCGUCUCCGAUGUUUUUGAAACUUUUUUUUCUUUUAGUAGCAACAGACACUUUUGAGCAAAAAUCAAAAUAAUAUAAUUACAUGAGUCUCGCAUGAUAUUCAGUUGGACUGUAUGAUUUUUGCUUAUUGGAAGUGUCCAUUCUAUAUUCCUAAGGACAUGCUCAUGCGCAAAUCGCAGAAGAUUUCUCUCCGUGCAUAUUUUACUCAAUACACGAAAAAAACCAGAAAUUUAGUACCUUUUUAUGGUUUUCAUCAUAAAAAUGAAAUUUUCGAUUAUUGUCACUAUAUGAUUUUCGGAAUCAGCGCACCAAAAUACAUAAAUGUAUGUACACUGAAAAAAAAUAGUAUUGAAUCAAGAAAAUCUAUGUACUUGACCGUAUUUUAUACCAAUAUUUUCUUGAUCCAAGAAAAUUUACUUCAAACUAAUAAAAAUUUCUUGGAUCAAGAAAAUAUUGGUAUAAAAUACGGUCAAGUACAUCGGUUUUCUUGAUUCAAUACGAUUUUUUUUCAGUGUAUAGUAUAAAAAACCCGGAAAUAUUUAAGGAAGUUAUGAGCAUUCAAAAAUAAAGAAACAUUGAAAUUCUGAAAUUUUGAAAAAAUCAUUUCUCGUAACGGCUUGCCAAACAAAAUUGAAAAAAAUCAUGAAAGCUAGUGUCAAUUAGUACUAAAAGAAAAACAAGUUUCAAAAAAAUCGUAGAUGCAAUUGCAGAUGGACUUAUAAUUUGGCGUGGAUACAUGUAUAAUGCUCUGAAUAUUUAACGUCAAUAAAAUAAUUUUUAAAAUUAAACAAGAAAAGACUAUAAAAUAGGGGAGACCGAGGAGGAAAGUAACAGAGGAGGAAAGUAACAAAGCUUAUAACUUUUAAACAAAUUAUCGGAUAGACAUGGUUCAAACAUAUUUUUAGUCGGCACUGUUCCCCCUUCCUCCUCCAUAGUGUGUCCGAGCCUGACAGGAAAGGUUAGGUCUGAUUCCGGUGUGACGUGCAGAAAAAACGUCAAAAGUAAGUUUUCGUUCAAAUUUUCAAAUUCUCGUAUUUCUUAAAUUUUAUUGUUUUUCAAAAUGUGCCUUUCGUUAUUUUGUAGCCUUAUUAUCUGUCUUUAAGUUGUGCUUAAACAAACAAUUUAACAGUUGUGUAGUUUUAACUUUUUUGUUGACAUACAAGAAAAAAUCGACCGAGGAGGAAAGUAACACGCUACUUUUCUCCUGUUGUCGAUAUUGUCCAUGUUUUAAUUAAUGAUUGAAGCAAAUCGUAUUUAAUUUUACGAAUAACAGAGAUUUAUUUAAGAAAAACCUGUGAUCUAGGUAAGCAUAAAAUAUCUUUAAGAAAAAAAAUGAGCUAAAUUCAUAAAAUGUUCGAUAUAUGUGCUAAAUAUGUCCCAUAUAUGUGCCAAAUAAGUAUAAAGUGUACUUAAACUUUUAUGUGUUCCUAAUAAAAAUAUUUCUAAUUAAUAAUAGUCAUUAGUCUAAAGAAUUUUACAUAAUUUUAUAUUGUUACUUUCCUCCUAGGAGCUUGUUACUUUCCUCCUCGGGGGUGAGGAGGAAAGUAACAGAUGAAGAGCUUGCGUAAAAGUUAUACUGUGAACUGUCAAUUUAUUAUAAAUGUUUAAUUCAAAUUUUAUUUAAAAGGUGAAUGUCCAAGCUUUCAUUUAAUAUAUUGGACAAAUUUAUCCGACAAAUAUUUUUAAUGCUAGCAUAAAAAAACUGAUUUUUGUUACUUUCCUCCUCGGUCUCCCCUAUUAUAAAAAUACAAUAUAUGAAUAUUAUUGCAUAAUAUAUGGACAAAGAAAGACUGCCUUGCAAGUUAAAAAUGAUUGAAAAUGUAAAUUGAUGAGAAAUAUGUAUUAAUAAAGUGCUCUGAAGAAGCAUAUUUAA